AUGAGUUCAGACGACGAGUGUAUUAGUCCUCUCAAAAGAAAAAGAGGUAUUUCUAACAGUGAUAAAUAUAAAAGAAAUAUUAUUAAGCAAGCAAAAAUCGAAGGGAAAAAAUAUACAAACUGGAUUGUAAAAAUAGUUGCUGUAAAGAAUGAUCCUUCAUUAAUACUUCUUAAAGAAUGGUAAUUAUAUAAUAUUUAGUUGGUUUUAUUCGCUAUUAAUAAGUAGUAGCUUUUAUAUUUUUACAUUAAUAUUUUCGAUUUAUAGUUGUUCAAAAAAAUGUCUCAAAGAUAUUCAACAAGAAAAACUUGAAGAUAUAAUGAAAAUGUUUUAUGAGUUGCGUUCUAAAAAUGAACAAGACCUUCAUCUUCAACGAACAAUAGAAAUAAAAGAAAUUACAAGAAAACGAAAACGAAUAGAAACAGAAGGAAAAGAAAAACCAAAAUCCAAAAGUAUUCAGUAUUUUUUAAUAGUAGAUGGACAGCGUAUUCAC